CAAACUCUCUCUGUUAUCUCAUUUUCUCUCAUUCUCUCCAUCUCUAUCCAAGUUAGGUUUCAAUAAGCUAAAAUCAUGGCGAUAAAGAAGUCGAACAAAGUGGCAGCGUCACAAGCAGCAACUAUAAAGAAAAUCUUGAAGAGAUGCUCGAGUCUUGGAAAGAAGAAUCAAGGCAGUUGCUACUUUAGUGACGUGCCGAAAGGUCACUUCCCGGUCUAUGUUGGUCAACAAAGGAGUCGUUACGUGGUCUCAAUCUCAUGGCUAGCUCAUCCUGAGUUUCAGACACUACUCCAACUAGCUGAGGAAGAGUUUGGGUUCGAGCACGACAUGGGUCUCACUAUCCCUUGUGAUGAAGCCGUCUUUCAAUCACUCAUCUCCAUGUUCAGAUAGAACUUGAUCUUGAGAGAGACUGAUUUAGCUUAAUUGGUAAUCUCUCGAGAUUAUGAAUUUAUGAUCCCCUUCAAGGGUUUGAUCACAUUGUCACACUCUAGGCUCGGAAGACUGAAACGUCAAACUUUAUUAUCAAGAACAAUGAAAAAUAAAUAUAUAAUAUAUUAUGGGAUUUAGAAUUUUUUUUUUUUACUUAAGAAGACGGAAGUAAAUGGCCGAGCUAAUUAACCACUCUCUUGGAAUUUUUUUUUGUUCCUUAGUAUAAUCUAGUUUCGAAUAUGUAUAUUAGCUUGGGUGGGCGACUUUUCCCUCAAGUCAACGUGUGUUGUUGACCGUUGGUUCUUA